CGUUCUCGCUCGGUUCAUCGACUUUGCCCUUUGCCACUCUACACAAUCCGUGAUAGCUCCUGCAUCGACAGUCUGCGCCCAUAUAACUCUCAACAUCUGCGUCCCGAUCGACUUGUGCCUCCAGUCUCGCGCCAACAAUGGGUCGCUGGUAUCGUCUCAUCAACCUCGAUGCGAAAGUGUACCUUGAUGUAUACGACUCCAUGACUUGGAAACACAAAUGGCAGUAUUUUCUCUACGCUAUAUCUUACGAAGCAGAACCUCUUUGGUUCAAGAUGCCAAUGCUCCUCCGAGGCGCAGUGGAGAGCGCCAAGACAACUACUAUAACCUCGUUGCCUCUCGAGCUCGUCGACAUGAUUCUCGACCUGCUCGAUGACCGGCUCGAUAUCUUCUGCCUUGCCUUCACGUGUCGCGCCACCUGGUGCGCCGCCGAGCGACGCAUCCAGCGCCUCAUUCGCACAUGGGCCCAUGGAUGGUCCGGACAUCGCAUCAUCUAUGUCAACGACGAAGACGAUGCGACACGCAAGGAUUUUCCAAGGGAUCUUGAACUCACAUCGAAAGAUGGGAAGGACUUCUGCACGACAUGUGGCGUGGACGAGGACAACAAGGGGGACAAAUGUCCUUGCGCUCGAGGAGUGUCAUGCAAAAAUCUGCGAGUGUGUAACUUCUGGGAUUGGGCCGGUCGUCGCUUCACCGAGAUGUCCGAGAAAUUCCCUUACGAUCUUGCCGGCUCGCUCGUUAAAGAUCUUGGCAAAAGGUUCGGCAAUAGCACGGCGGGCGACCUUGCGGAACUUGCCACUCUCAAGCGCCUCAUUCGACAGCUGGUCCCCAAUGCGAAAUUGCGCAGAACCAACGAAGAAAAUCUCGUGCUUUGCAACACGUCGCGGAAGCUCUAUGUGCGGGGCGACGCUAUCGUCGAACGCAACCGCCGUGACUGCUUGAGGUGGAAUAUGGCGACCGUCGUACUGCGAUGCACUGUAUGGGGGGCCCGCUGGGGACGUGAGGACCCGGACAAUCGCUUCCUCCAUGGUGAACAUAACGGAUACUGGCGUGCGGCGUGGGCAGGAGAUCGGUUGGAGCUUAUAACGGUCGCCCGAAUGGACAAGCUAUUGAAGGAAGAAGAUGAAGAUGAAGAACCUAAGCCUUGGAUUGAUACCACUGUUGCAGUGCUUGACAAUUCUUGGAUAAGCCACAACACCGUGCUGGUAGAGGUUUAUUUCUUGGGCGAUCGUCCAUCAUAUACGAAGCUCUACGACACGCUCCUCGCCUCGCCGAACCUCGCAGACACUUUCACAUGCCCCCUUGGCGAGCGCAUGGAGAAGAAUGACGAGCCAACGGACGACUCCCUGGAUUUGCUAGAAAACGUACUUUUCCAGCCUUGUCCUACCGGCAAAACCGGCUACGUCUUACGCAACCUGUCGCGCAAGGUGUUUGUGCGCGGGGACGCCAUCGCUGACUUCAAUCGAUAUUACCAGUCCGUCUUGCGAAAGCCAGCGUGUCUGGCGGAUGCGGCGUUCGCGCGGGCAACAUGGCAGCCUGUUUGGGUGAGGAACCCUCCUGGACAGCACAGUGGCAGAGAUUGCUGGAUCCCGGGCUGGACGCCUGAUGGGCAGAGAUGGCGGGGCGUUUGGGCGGGGAACAGAUUUGACAUAGUCCCGAUGGCCGUCUUCGAACGGGAAAAGGCAGAGGCAGGGGAGGAGUGGGUGGAUGAAUCGUCGGCAUUGGUCGAGGAGAUCUACAGAAUCUGGGUGGAGGAGUACCAGCUCAAGCACUCAGCAUCACGGUGGUACUAGGAUUUAGUCAGGGAGAACUGGCACUUGGAUAGCACAAUUUCCGCUGAUGAAUGCGACUCUAUUAGUCGGCACUGUCAAUGCACCGAUAGAACGAUGCUAAGGGCGAGGGUGACAGGGCGACCGACGACAGGCGUGGCCAGACGACGCGCCAGCAGGCUGCGAUACAGUCUAAGUCGAGUAGGCUUCCCUGUAAGUAGUCCAACGGCAGGGCGGGCGAGCUGGUCAGCGGCAUUAAGGUCACAGUUCGCAGUCCUCGGUCCCUCAACUGGGAUCGAUAUAGAGCUGCUGGGUGUUCUCCCUCUUCCUGUCGGGAUGUAUAGAGCAACUUCCGGACUGCUGUCGGAUAUGAAGUUACAUAUAGUCGAAGUUUG